CCAUGAGCUCACGACAUUCCGCAAGCCCGGUGGUUUUCACCAGUGCCAGAAGCUCACCCAAAGAAGAGCUUCAUCCUGCCACUUCUCCCCAGCUCGCACCUUCUUUCUCCUCCUCUUCCUCCUCCUCUGGUCCUCGGACUUUCUACCCUCGCCAGGGGGCUACUAGCAAGUAUCUGAUUGGAUGGAAAAAGCCAGAAGGGACGAUAAACUCAGUGGGGUUUAUGGAUUCGAGAAAACGUCACCAGAGUGAUGGCAGUGAGAUGGCCCACCCUCGGCUGCGCGCUUCAGCAAGAGAUCUGCGGGCAUCCCCGAAACGAGCAUCCAAGUCCACCGUUGAAGAAGAGCUGAAGAAAUUGAUAGAUCUUGAUAGCCCAACGCCUGAGUCCCAGAAGAAUUUUAAGUCACACACUCUGUCCUGUCAGUCUCCCUUUCCCAGCACUCCUACCACAAGGCGUGCCUUGCAAAGGACUUUGUCAGAUGAGAGUAUUUACAGUGGUCAAAGGGACCACUUCUUCACCUCGCGGGCCUCGCUCUUGGACCAAGCCAUGCCGAACGAUGUCCUCUUCACCAGCACGUACCCUUCUCUCCCAAAGUCGCUGCCCUUACGGAGACCGUCGUAUACUUUGGGAAUGAAAUCACUACAUGGAGAGUUUUCUGCCUCAGACAGCUCCCUCACAGAUAUCCAGGAGCAAAGACGGCAGCCCAUGCCAGACCCUGGUCUUAUGCCAUUGCCUGAUUCUGCCUCUGAUCUGGACUGGUCAAACUUGGUGGAUGCUGCCAAAGCCUUCGAAGUUCAGCGAGCUUCGUUCUUUGCUGCUGCCGAUGAAAAUCACAGGCCUGUGAGUGCUGCCUCCAGCGGUGAUCAGGCUGAGGACCAGCUUACUGCACAGAUAAAGCCUUAUACAGGUAAAGAAUCUCCUCCAACUCUCGCCUCUAAAGUGGACCAACUGGAAGGUUUGCUGAAGAUGCUUCAAGAGGAUUUAAGGAAGGAAAAAGAGGACAAGGCCAGUCUUCAGGCAGAAGUGCAACACUUGAGGGAAGACAACUUGAGGUUACAGGAGGAAUCCCAGAACGCGACGGAGAAACUGAAGAAAUUCACCGAAUGGGUUUUCAACACAAUUGAUAUGAACUGAGAACAGUGUGCAGGGAAGGUACCGAUCUGUUAUGAAUAUUAUUGCUGGGACUUAAGCUUUAAUGCCACCUUAAUCACGACAUGUGAAAGUAUAGUCAGAGCACUUCCUUGUCCUUCAUCCUCCAACAGCCCUUUUACGCAUCCCUGCGCGCACUCGGAACAAUUGCAGAUCAACAGUCAGUGUCUGCCUUUUGUAGAAAAGAAACAAAGUAAAUAAUUUUAAAAACGUAAAAUAAAAGUUUAACUGCUAAAA